AGCUCCAGUGCAACAAGUGAGCAUCCGUGCAUGAUAACGAUUGGUGCAGAAAUGGGCGCUGCUCGGCACUUCCUCCGUAUCGGACAGAUCAAGGACACCGAGCAUCUGGCAUUUUUAAAGCCAACUCUUCAUGUGAAUCUCAAUCAUCCCAUCAUCACUGCACUCAUCAAGCUGCACAAAACAGAACCGGAGACAGCAGUUCUUGUCACUGAGCAGAUUUACGACAACGCAUUAAUAACUUGCGGACUAAUGAAGGAUUCAUCGAAAAUGGUGGACAGGGUAAACCGGUUGCUGGGCGCACUUCUCAAGCCAAACAAAUCAGGCAUCCUCACCCCGUGA